AAGACUAGACAUCUGGAGACCAUUGGCUCAGACCAGGACUAUAAGACCAGACAACUGGAGACCAGUAGCUCAGACCCGUGGCUCAGACCAGGACUAUCAGACCAGUUGAGGCUCCAGAAUGGACAGGUCUACUUGUUCGCUGCUUUUACUAAUUUUGGCUCUGGAGUCUGUGUGUGCCAGUAAAAGAUUCUUCAUCUCGGCUCCAAAAGUGUUCCACGUCAACGUUAAGGAGAAGGUCUUUGUUCAGACCUCCUCGGCCACCACGCUCUAUCUGGAGGAUGAGAGGUCAGGCCAGGUCGUGUCCCAUAAAAAGACCACUUCAUCUAAUGGUGGAGACAUCCAAACCGUGGAGCUCAUGAUAGACAGGGAGAGGAUGGCCAAUCUGCCACGGUUUAUGUCCGAUCCGUACCUUCUGCUGGUGGCCGAGACACCAGUGAGGAAGAUGACCCGCGUGCUGGUGUCCAUGCACAGGGGCCACCUCUUCAUCCAGACCAACCAACCGCUGUACAAACCAUCAGAUCAAGUCCAGUACAGGAUCUUCGCACUCGACCACACCAUGCGACCCUCAGAGGAAGUAAUUGAAAUAUCCGUCAUUAACCCAUCUGGGAUCCGUCUGAACCUGGACUAUUCGCUCCGGGCUCCGUUUGGUGGUAUGUUCAGCGGUGAUCUGUACCUACCUGGCGUCGCUGGACUGGGUACAUGGAAAAUUGUUGCACAUUAUGAAGGAGAUAAGAAACAUGCUGCUACUCUGGAGUUUCAGGUCCAGAAAUUUGUUUUACCAAGUUUCGAGGUGAUCAUAAACUCAGAAGAACGCUACGUUCUGUUGGAGCGCGAGACGUUUACCUUCACGGUGACGGCCAAGUACUCGUACGGGGAGACGGUGGCUGGGAGCUUCCACUCCUGGUUCAGGGUGGCCGGCCUGCAGGGCUCUGAGUGCCUCAAAGUCUCCCAGAUGAUCCGGGGACUGGAGAAGACUGGCUCGAUUGAAGAUGGUGUCGGCACAGUGACUCUCAGGGCUGAAGAGCUAAAGACACAGCUACAACAAGGGUGUAACGUCACCUACUUGGAGCAGGAGGGUGCAGAACUGGUGAUGAGCGUGUCGGUCACAGAACAACAGAGCAGAGAGAUGCAGGAGGCGGAGAUAUCUCUUCCAAUCGUUUCUCGACUUUAUGAAAUCGACCUAUCUCGAAUUCGAUCGUAUUUCAUUCCUGGAGCUCCAUUAGACAUUGUGGUGCUCCUGCGUCUUCCGGAUGGUUCUCCAGCCUCUGAGGUCCCGGUAGAGCUCAGUCUCCGGGGGGAAACCGUACCGCUGGUCACCAACCAAGAGGGGGCAGCGGUGCACAUCUUCAAUCUCCCAGCUUCUCCUCCUGCACAAAUCACUGUUAACGUCCGAGCCGGCACCGUGACGCAGGAGAAGGUUUUGAAGCCCAUGUCCUCGCCCAGUCAGCACUACCUGUACGUCAGCGUUCCCACCGGGAAGUUCAAAGUCAACCAACAGCUCGACGUCACGUUCAACACCAUCAACGGUCGUCCCAAAGAUGGUUUGGUGUACUACCUGGUCUUGAGUCACGGGGAUCUGGUGCAUCAGGGCUCCGUGGUUGCAAUGUCCCGACGGGGCGGCACCGGGAUCAGGAUCACUGCCCAGAUGGUGCCCUCCUUGCGUCUGAUUGGCUACUACUACGACCGGCACGACGUCCUGGUGUCUGACUCUGUGUGGGUGGACGUGGUCGAUGAGUGUGAGAUGGCGGUCAAAGUCAGUCCCUCCAUGAACCCCUCCCCGCCCAGGGGGACCAUCGGGCUGGAGGUGAAGGUGAAGGGGAGGGCCAGGGUGGCUCUGCUGGUGGUGGACAAGGCCAUGUACGCUCUGGACCGACGGAACAGACUGACAGCCAAGCAGGUGUUCUCUGCCAUGGAGUCCUACGACCUGGGCUGCUCAUACCGAGGGGGGCCCGACCAGGACUCCAUCUUCACCGAGGCCGGCUUGUCUUUUGUGUCUUCAGGUUCAACACCCAAAGCAAAUGCACUUCCUCUAGGGUCCAGGUGUAAACCCCAUGCUGCACGGCGCUCCAGACGGGCCUUGGACCUCCGACAUGAGCUCCUGGAGAUGAAGGGGAACCUGAGCUCAGAGCUCCAGCAGUGCUGUGACCAGGACUUCUCCUGUGAGGAGAGGAGGAGGAGGUUGACCGAGAUGAACGCAGAGGCUCAGUGUGCCGACAUCUUCUUCAAGUGUUGUAUUCGGGGGGAGGCUCUGAGGAAGAGUGCCGCGGAAGACAACGCUUCCAGUCUACUGGAUAUUGAGGAACAUUUCAUUGGCCGCAUGGCCGAAAAGAUCAGUCGAAAUUUUGCUCCAAGUUUUGCAUUUACAUAUUUUUAUGCCAAUGACAAACACAAACACACAUUAUCUCUACCGGAUUCUAUUACCACUUGGGAAAUUCAGGCAGUCAUUCUAUCUCCAACUCACGGAUUCUGCGUGGUUGAGCCAAUUGAGCUGAAAACCUUUAAGAACAUCUUCGUGUCUCUGAGACUGCCCUAUUCGGUCAGGAGAUAUGAACAAUUGAGCAUUGUGGCAGUCAUCUACAACUAUGGGCCUGUUGCUGUACAGCUAGCCGUUCACAUGGAGCAGACACCCGGGCUUUGCUCCCCGGGCUUCUCCGCGUUCAAAGCCUUCGUGAAGGUCAGCGUGGAGAGCGGGUCCUCUACGCUGGUGACCUUCGCUGCCGUCCCCAUGAUAAGCGGCGCUAUACCCAUCAAAAUACGCCUUUAUGAUAUAAUCAAUGGGUGGCAACCCGACGCCAUUGAAAAGAGCCUGAACGUUUGGACAGAAGGAGAAGAAAAGACGAAGGAGAAUACUUAUAAUUAUGAUUUGAUAGGGGGGGCUCCUGUCAGCAUCGAUGGAAACCUACCCAAUGAGACGGUCCCCGGAUCCUCCUCCAAUCUAUUCAUCAAGAUGGAAGGGGCGGGGUUCGGCGAGUCCAGUGCCAGGGUCCUCCUGUCGGCCGAAGGGGUCAACGGACUUCUGAGGCUGCCUGGCGGCUGUGCAGAGCAGACCAUGAAGCUGAUGGCCCAGACAGUCCUGGCUCUGCGCUACCUGGACCUCAGCCAGCUGUGGUUCCAGCUGCCGGCCGGCUCCAGGGACCUGGCUCUGCAGAGGACUGACGAGGGUUUGACGAGAAUUCUGACUUUCAAAAAAGCUGAUGGAUCUUAUGGAGCAUGGAUUGCAAUUCCAUCAAGUUAUUGGCUCACCGCUCUUGUUGUGAAAGUGCUGUCUCUGUUGGCGGAUCGCCAGAUGGCCGGAAGGGGAGGCAGCCCGCAGGGUCACAUUCGCAGGGACGUGUCCAAUCAGGACAUCAGCACUUCAGUCCGGUUCCUGAUGUCCGUGCAGAAACAGGAUGGGUCCUACUCAGACCCACACCCUGUGUACCACAGGGAGAUCGAUGGGGGGAUCAGAGGCGCUGGGAAGGACAUGUCCAUGACGGCGUUCAUCGCCGUGGCGCUGCAGCACGCCAUCCCAUUCGUCGAACACAGCAUGAAGAACGAUGUGGUGGCUAGUAUCGCCAGCUCGACGUCGUACCUCCUCUCCCACGUGGGGGAGCUGGAGAGGCCUUAUGCUGUGGCCAUCACAGCCUACUGCCUGGCCGUCUGUCUGCCUGACAUAGACGGAGCCAAACCAGCCUGGAAGCAGCUCCAAGCUCUGGCUGCAGAAGAUGACAAGGGCUGCCGGGUGUGGAAAGACGAUCCACAAAGCUCCUCUCAGCAGGAUGCUAUCACCGUGGAAACGACGGCCUACGCCCUGCUGACAGCUGUGGCGCACCAGGACUUCCCGUGGGCCGACAACGCCUCCUGCUGGCUGGUCGCGCAGGAGAACUAUGGCGGGGGGUUCAUGUCAACGCAGGAUACCAUCGUGGCUCUGGAGGCUCUGGCAGAGUACGACGUGAAGAAGCCCGCUUAGUCUUUCACAUUGCACUUGUAACAAGCUUGAC